AUGUUCACUAACAUCGCAAGGAACGCAUCCAGGAGAGCCUUCUCCUGGACAGCAGCUACCGCUCCCUUGAAAUCCUCCAACACACAAAGGUUCCUCACCACGGGGGCCAUCCUAACAGGUUUAACCGCUUCCUCACUACUAUAUGCAGAUUCAUUGACCGCAGACGCAAUGACUGCUGCCGAGCAUGGUCUUCAUCCACCUUCCUAUGCCUGGUCACAUAAUGGACCCCUCGAAACUUUCGAUCAUGCAUCUAUAAGAAGAGGGUACCAAGUCUAUAGAGAAGUAUGUGCUGCAUGUCAUUCAUUAGAUAGAGUCGCAUGGAGAACCAUGGUAGGUGUAUCACAUACCGUCGAUGAAGUCAAAGAAAUGGCUGCAGAAUUCGAAUACGAUGAUGAACCAGAUGAACAGGGGAACCCCAAGAAGAGAGCAGGAAAAUUGGCUGAUUAUAUCCCCGCACCAUAUCCAAAUGAACAAGCCGCUAGAGCAGCUAAUCAAGGUGCCCUACCACCUGAUUUAUCCUUGAUCGUCAAGGCAAGACACGGUGGACCAGAUUAUUUAUUCGCCUUGUUGACAGGAUACCCUGAAGAUCCACCAGAAGGUGUUGUGCUACCACCUGGUUCCAAUUAUAAUCCUUAUUUCCCCGGUGGUGCCAUCGCUAUGGCAAGAGUCCUUUUCGAUGAUUUGGUCGAGUAUGAAGAUGGAACCCCGGCAACAACUUCACAAAUGGCAAAGGAUGUUACCACAUUCUUACAAUGGGCCGCAGAACCGGAACAUGAUGAGAGGAAAAGAUUGGGGUUGAAGGCAAUCUUGAUCUUAUCAUCCUUGUAUUUAUUAUCCGUAUGGGUCAAGAAAUUUAAAUGGGCGGGCAUUAAGACUAGAAAAUUCGUUUACAAUCCACCAACAAAGAAACCACAAUUUAAAACACCAACUUUCCCACCAAAGAAGAAUUGA